CUUGGAGAAGAAUUAAUCAAAGGGAACAAACUCUUCAUUGUAAUUCAACAGGUGAGAUCUCUGGUCGGUGAUCGAAUGGCUCUACUUAUUCAAGCAGGCUCAUCAGUAGCAGUAUCUUGGACACUGAGCCUUGUCAUUGCAUGGAAGCUUGCAUUGGUGAUGAUGGCAACAAAACCCAUCCUCAUACUGGGAUUCUACUACAAGCGUGUUUUCCUGAAGAACAUGUCCAAGAAAGCCGCAAAAGCACAAGCAGAAAGCAGCAGAGUGGCUGUAGAAGCCAUAGCCAACCUUCGAACUGUGACAACGUUCUCCUCCUGCACCAGAAUCCUCCAAAUGCUCAAGAAAGCACAAGAAGGCGCAGCAAAAGAGAGUGCUAGACAGUCCAGGUUUGCCGGCUUCGUGCUCGCCAUGUCCAGCAGUCUCAUAACAUUCAAUGUGGCUUUGUCUUGGUGGUACGGUGGGAAACUGGUGGACCGUGGGGACAUUGCCGUGAAAUCUCUUUUCCAGACGUUCUUCAUAUUGGUGACCACGAGUCGCGUCAUAGCAGAAGCUGCAACCAUGACAAGUGAUCUAGCCAAGGGGGGAAACGCAGUCGGAUCCAUUUUUGCAGUCUUGGAUCGGGAAACCAUGAUAGAUCCGGAUGACCCGAGUGGCUUCAACCCGAUCGAGAAUUUGGCAGGGAAUGUGGAGAUCCGAGAUGUUCAUUUUGCAUACCCUGGAAGACCUAAUGCCUUCGUCUUCAGAGGCUUCUCCAUAGAGAUCGAAGCCGGAAAAUCAACCGCAUUAGUUGGCCCGAGCGGGUCAGGGAAAUCGACGGUGAUUGCCCUAAUCCAGAGAUUCUACGACCCGAUUAAGGGUUCGGUGAAAAUCGACGGCCGAGAUGUAAAAUCCUACAACCUGCGGUCUCUAAGAAAGCAGAUCGCGCUGGUGAGCCAAGAGCCGACGCUGUUCGCCGGAACAGUGCGGGAGAACAUCAUAUCCGGCGGAGGAGGAGCCGACGUCAGCGAGGCGGAAGUCGUGGAGGCGGCGAAGGCGGCCAACGCUCACGAUUUCAUACAAGCCUUGGAGGACGGGUACGACACGUGGUGCGGGGAGCGGGGAACGCAGCUGUCCGGCGGCCAGAAGCAGCGCGUGGCCAUCGCCAGAGCGGUUCUGAAGAGGCCGUCGGUGCUGCUGUUGGACGAAGCGACGAGCGCUUUGGACAGUGGAUGCGAGAGGGCAGUGCAAGAAGCGGUGGAGAGGAUCAUGGUUGGGCGGACGACGGUGGUUGUGGCCCACAGGUUGAGCACCGUACGGAAUUGUGACGCCAUUGCAGUCCUGGUUAAAGGACGGGUUGUGGAAGAAGGGACCCACUCCUCCUUGAUGGCUAAUUCCUCUGGUGGGAUUUACUAUUCUUUAUUUACUCUUCAAAAUUGCGCCUCUAAAUAAUGACAUAACUAAACUGGUUCAAAAAGAAGAUGUCAAGUUCAUUGAUCAUAUGGUCGAAUUUCAACGGUGACCGUAUAACAGUUCUGUUAAUUGUAAUAGUUCCUUGUGCGCACAAGACACGAAACAAUCUCUCUGAGAAUUAGAUUGAAAUUAUACCAUUUAUCCCGUCACAAUCCUGUCAGGUUAGGGUGUGAGGCACUGGCAUUCCACCCUAAAUAAUGAGAUAACCACAAA